UCCAAUACUUGAACUACCUCAUCCAAAAGCUUCAAACUUCAAAUUUUAAUUCCACCUUAAUUACCAAUAUAUUUUUGCCACCUUUUAAUUAGUACUCUAAUUAUCCUUUUAUUUUUAUUAAAUUAAAAAAAGAAGAAUGGCCAAAAAUGUUGCAGAAUCACCCUUGGAGAGGUCUAGCUUGGUCUCACUUGACCAAAGGCUAGCCAUGGCUAAACGUUGUUCAUAUGAUGGUGCUGUUGCUGGAGCCAAGGCUGCUGUUGUUGCUGGAUUUGCUGCAGCCGUCCCAACUAUAGCAAGUGCAAGAAAGCUUUCUUGGGCAAAAGCCAAUCUCAACCCCACUGCUCAAGCCCUCAUAAUUUCAACUGUGGCUGGAGCAGCAUAUUUCAUAGUAGCUGAUAAAACUGUACUGAAAUCAGCACGCAAAAACUCCUUCAAUCAAGCUGGGGUAGGAGCUUAAAACUGAAGAUGACACAAGCUGGAGGCUUUGUCAUUGAUGAUUGAAGACGACAAUGAUGAUGACGAAAACAUAGAAUGAUCUGAUCUUAAUGUGAAUUAUAAUAACAUUAAGAAGCAAAUCUUGUAUGAGUUUACUCUUAUGUCAUAUUUAUGAAUAAAUAAAGAUGGUUUUCCUUUCAAAA